AUGCGGUCAUCGUGGCGUUGUCGGAACAAAACAAGGAGCGAAAGUAUAUCGUUUCUUCAGAUCCCCAAGAAUCACUGCAGGCAAUCGGCGUCUGCUUUCAAGCCCAUCAUGCAAGGGUUCCGCCACCAGCCAGAGAUACUGCAGGAUGUGCCCGAGCAGCUUACCCAAUCUCUGAAGCAAUAUGAGGAUUGGUUCAUAGUGGAUGGCGACAAAUUGAAGGAGAUCACCGCACAUUUUGUUGAUGAGCUAGCGAAGGGUCUUUCCAUCGAGGGCGGAUCUAUUGUCAGAACUAUGUGGACGGGAACGCCAAUGAACGUCACUUGGGUCAGCAAACUGCCCAACGGGCACGAGAAAGGACACAUUCUGACUGUCGACAUGGGAGAAACAAAUGUGAGAGUAUGUGAAGUGUCUCUCGGGGUCGGGAAACGAGAGUUUGAACAGAUCCAGCGGAAAUACAAGCUUCCGGAUGACGCCGAGACCUGCACAAAGGAAACGUUGUGGGACUUCAUUGCCGAGAAAUUGGCAUCGUUUCUCGAGGAUCCUCAUGCCGGCAGGAUGUCAUCAAAGCCACUUCCAAUGGCGUGUACCUUUUCAUUCCCAGUGGACCAAAGGUCUAUUCGGAGUGGCAUUUUGCAGCGCUGGACCAAGAACUUCAACGUGCCUGGAGUGGAAGCCAAUGAUGUAGUGCCGCAGCUAGAGGCUGCAUUAAAAAGAAAGAACGUUCCAUUGAAAGUGGUUGCCCUGAUCAACGACACGACGGGGACACUCGUUGCACCACAUUACCGGGCUCCCCAGUUAACGAUCGGCAGCAUCUUCAGCACGGGCUGCAACGCGGCAUACAUGGAAGAAUGCCGCUUCAUCCCCAAACUCCGUGGCUCAGGUCUGCCGGAAGACGCAAGUGUAAUCAUCAACACCGAGUAUGGCGCAUUUGACGAGCGCCAAAACGCACUGGAAGCCUCCUUUCUGUCGAUCGCCGAAACGGACAUCUCCGACGAGCUGAUCGACCUGAAAGAGGAAUUUCAAGGGAACCUCAAGUUGCAACCGACGCUGGGAGAGCUGAAGAGCUGUCGUUAUCUUAUCGGGCUCAUCGCGACGCGUGCGGCGCGUCUCUACGCCUGCGGCAUAGCGGCCAUCUGCAAGAAGAAGAAUACCCGCCAGUGCCACGUCGGGAUAAAUGGCUCAGUAUUCAAUAAAUAUAGCAUGUUCAAGGGUCGGGCUUCGCAGGCUCUUCGUGAGAUCCUGGAUUGGCCGCCGGGCGGGGUGGAGUUGGUCGCGCUCAACGCGGCGGAAGACGGGCGUGGGAGCAGCUCUGGUUAA